AAUAAGCAGCCGCAUCUAGAUAGAGACGGCUUCGUCACGUGCCUUUCUUUCUUCUUUUUUCCCCCCCACCAAAUUACCAAAGUUUGGUGGACCUUUGGCCCUCACUGUGGAUGCGUGUUGUCCACUGUGAAUAACGCGUGGAAUAACGUGGAGAGCGCGCGAUGAGGUCAGUGGGCUGAAGCCCCGACAGGUGGAUUUGAGAUAUAUUUCAUUAAGGUACCUGAAGCCAGAGCAUGCCAGCCCCACCUCCACCUCCACCUCCACCUCUCCCUCCGCCUCCCCUGGGCCCUCCUCCUCCUCUGCCGCCCAGCGCCGCCCUGCCACCGUGUCCGUCAGAGCCUCUCAAGCUCAAGUCUGGAGGAGGAGGAGGAGGAGGAGGAGGAGGAGGAAGGAAUGCCCUGUUGGCCGACAUCCAGAAAGGAGCCAGGCUGAAGAAAGUCACACAGGUCAACGACCGUAGUGCCCCCUCCGUCGAUACGGUAAAGGCUAACACUGGAGACGUACCCAGCAGCGGCGCUGCUUCUCAGGGCUCAUCAGGAGGGCCGGCACCCAUGGGACCCUCCCUGGGGGGGCUGUUUGCCGCAGGGUUCCCUACACUCAGGCCCACAGGACAAAGGGACCUAGCAGGCAAGACCACAGUGUCCCGAUCGAGCUCCUCGGCCUCCGUGAGGCCUCUGUGGAACCCCCCCACACCUGCAGACACCAGCAGCCCCUCUGAGCUUCAGGGCGCGGACUCCGAGCUCUGGCACACCCGCUGCUCCCCCUCGUCUGCACGGCCUCCCCUCCACGGCGGCAAGGACCGCCCCUUUCCCGCUACUCCCCCACCGCUCCGCCGCGCCCCCUCCGCUCCUCCCCCGCUCCCCCACCCAGGCUUCCAGGAACGAGCGGCCGGCACCCCGCCUCUCCCCUCCUGCCCUCCUCCCCCGCCCCCGUACCAGGUCACCAAGCCCAUGCUCCCCAUCCAGCACUCCUACCACAACAUCAUCUCCCAGCCCUCUACACCCCCUCCUCCGCCUCCGCCACCUUUCCAGCCCCCCAAGGCCGAGGCAGGCGACCGCAAAUCCGGCUGUUUCUACCCUCUGCCCCCCUCCCCGGUCCACUCCGAACCUUCCAGGUUCUCCAUCCUGCGAGACAGCCCCCUGGGACCUCCUCCCCCACCUCCCGCUCCACCUCUACCAGCCUCUUUCGGCCCCAGCUGUCCGUCCACCCUCCCGCCUCCCCCGCCCAAGUUGGCAGCAGUUCCCUCUCCAGCCAUGCGCUCCCUGCCUCCCUCGUACCCCUGUAACGCCCCGACCCGACGUCCGCCUGCUGUGCCCAGAAGCGCAGGUGUGGGUCGGCUGCCUCCUCCUCCAGCUCCCCCUGCACGUUCGCCCUCUACGGAGCUGUCCUGCCGCACUCCCCCCCCUCCACCCCCACCGCCGCUGCUUCCGUUAAGUCUCAGGAAUGGACACCUCCACAGCCUAGCAGACAAUUUUGAAUCCAAGUUCCAGUUCCACCCUGUAGAGGACUUCCCCCCCCCUGAUGAGUUCAAGCCUUUUCCUCGGAUCUACCCCAGCAAGGAAAACAGAGGGAACCUCCAACCAGCUGGGAAUAGGACACACCUCAGAUGAGUCAAGUUAGACUCAACCCUCCUCUUCCUCCGACAACAACAUCACUGUCACGUGCUUUUUGGUGGCAGUCUCUGUGUGUGUGUGUGUGUGUGUGUGUGUGUGUGCGUGCGCUGUUUGUGUUCAGUGGGUGUUUGUGUAUUUGAGCGUCAAACAAAGUCCCGCCUCAUACUGACAGUGUGACCUCUGACCUUUUCCAGUGUGGAAUGUUUUGAAUGUGUGAGGAGGAGGGCGCUCCAUUCUCAGUCACACACGGUUAUAUUUAACACGGCUCUUGACACAGUUGAUAAGCAUUUCAAAGAACAUUUUUUUAUUUGAUUUUAUGAUAUUUCCCUUUAUAUUUUAGCACUUUCAUAGUCAAAGUCUGCAUGUAACUCAGAAACAUUGUAGAACCCACAGAUUGUAAAGAUUGUGGUCCAGCAGCAACAGAGCCGAUCCUUAUGUGAAUACUUCAAAGUGUUCGUACAGUGGUGCUGCCCUGUGUUUGUGUAAUUACUUUUAUGAGAAAUAAAUCAAUUUUUAAAAGUGUUGAGAGAGAAUACUGACA